GUCCCUUGCAUUUGAAUGGAAUAACUUAGUCCAUUCUGUACUUGAAUUGCUGUUGGAAUUUAAUCUUCCUAAUCUUGUACCUCCUGCCUGAUGACCUUCAUAGAGGGAAGCUCUACAAUUGGCAAGUUUUUACCAUGCUAUGUUCUCAGAAAAGAUGCAAAUGCUGCUUUGCUGAGUAACUUUGAGGUGUUUCAGUUACUGACUGAUCUUAAGCAACAACGCAAAGAGAGUGGAAAAAACAAGCAGAGCUCUGGCCAGCAGAAUCUGAACACAAUCAUGUAUGAAACACUGAAGUACAUUUCAAAAACACCCUGCAGGUACCAGAGUCCAGAGAUCGUGAGAGAUUUCCUUGCAGCAAUGAAAGGCCAUAAGUUAACCAAAGCAGAAAAGCUCCAGUUGCUUAACCACAGGCCUGUGACAGCAGUUGAAAUACAGCUGAUGGUAGAAGAAAGCGAGGAAAGGCUAACAGAAGAGCAGAUUGAGUCACUUAUCCAGACAGUCACCAGCAUUCUGCCAGGAGAUCCGGAAGAACAGCAGAGAGACUCUGCAAUGGUAACUGAAGGCAAAGGUGACCAAGUGUAGGAGGCACCUAAACCAAAGCUGGCAACAAUUUCAAGCAGAAGACAAUCAGCUUUUAUUUUUCUGGGUUGGUUUGUUUGUUUGUUGUUUGGGCUGGUGUUGUUUUUUUAGUACCAGUUUAAUCCUGUGUUGGAAAUCAUUGUAAAAUCUGUUACAAUUUUUCUUACUCAGAGGUGAUGAGGGAACCAAUUGUUUCCAAGAGAGCAUGGAAAAGGACACUAUUGUUACAGCAGUUUGUCAUAAGCUGGCAUGGCAGUAACUGGGCUUGUACCAUAGCAGCCUCAGAGAUGAUGGGGCACAGAAUCUGCAGCUUUAUUCUCUUCUUCUUCUGUUCCCCAUGUAACAGCUGUACAUUUGAAUAGGGCUGACAUGCAGCUGGCAGUGUCACAGCAGAGCUAUCAUGGUAAUUGCUUUCAUCUGCCUUUGAAUUGUCCAACUGGUUUCCAGAAUAUAGUCUGAAGGCAACUUCUGGAGGUGUUUGUAAAAAGGGCUGUUUGCAGUGGUCAGAACAUAGGUACAAGAAGAGUUUGGCAUCUGGCCAGGAGGCUCUUGGCAUGCUGGGUCUAUUGGUGGGGUCACUGUUUUCAAGGAUGUCUAAUAAUCUGUACUUAGAAUCAUCAAGGUUGGAAAAGAUCUUUGGGAUCAUCCAGUUCAACCAUAACCCAACUACCAUGGCCUCUAAACCAUUUCCUGAAGUGCCACAUCUACAGCUUCUUGAACACCUCCAGGGACAGCGACUCCACCACUUCCCUGGGCAGCCUGUCCCAGUGCCUUGCCACUCUCUCACUAAAGAAGUUUUUCCUGAUGUCUAAUGUAAACUUCCUCUGGCACAGCCUAAACCCAUUUCCUCUCAUCCUGCUGCUGGUUACUUGGAAGAAGAGACCAACCCCAGCCUCACUCCAGCUUCCUUUCAGAUAGCUGUAGAGAGCAGUGUGAUCUCCCCUCAGCCUUCUCUUCUCCAGACUGAACAACCUUAGCUCCCUCAGUCACUCCAAGUAUGAUGUCCUGCAAACCCCUCACCAGCCUCACUGCCCUUCUCUGGACACGCUUCUGAUCCCUGGCUGCUUGGACAACUUCUUUGUAGUCCUCUCACAUGGCCUCUUGUUUGCAUUGCUUAUAGACUCUCCUUUUUGCACCCAAGUAAGUCCAGGAGCACUGUGUUCAUUCAUGCCAGCCUCCUGGUGCUCUUGCUUGCUUUUUUCCUUCUUGGAAUGCACUGCUCCUGGGCUUGGAGGAGAUGAUCCUUGAAUAUUGACCAGUUUUCUUGGGCCCUUCUUCCCUCCAGGGCUUUAUCCUAUGACACUGUGCCCAGCAGAACCCUGAAGGGGAUGAAGUCUGCUCACUUGCCAGUGCACUAUGGAUUUCCUCGCUCUCGCUUUGACACCUUGAGGAUCUUCAACUGUAUACCAUGUAAUGGUCACUACAGCCAGUGCUGCCCUUGAGAUACAAGACCGUCAAUGGAAUAUAUUGCUUUUUCUUUACCCCCUUCUGUCAUGGUUUUAUUUUGUGGUUUUGUGCAGAGAAUUUACACUUUCUGACCUUCAGUUGUGAUUUAUAUCAAAAGGAAGUAGUAACUUGCAGUGUCUGGGGGAUCUGUGAUAUGCAUUUCCAUGGCAUUUUAAGCUUCUUUGAUGUUUGGAGAGGAAAGGAAAUGACUGGAAAACAGAUUUGUUGCAUCUUAAAGAUAAUUUGUCUUACACUAAAUCUGUUCAGAGGCUGGAGACUAAUGGUACAUUUUGAGUGGGUAAUAAGCAUAGUGCGAGAGGGGGAAAAUCCUUGGUGGGUUUUGUGUCGCUGCAAUAGAUUUUUUUUCCUCCUUAAAUAAGAGUAAAGCAAACCUGAAGAGAUCAGUAGAUCAUAUAAUGGAAUGGCAUGCUAGUAUUUUAAAAGGAGCAUUUUUAGUCUCAGCAGUCAUGGAGGUUGUUUGACAUGCUGAGACCUUGGGCUGCAAGUGUUUGCAUUCUUGUCUGUCUUUUUCUAAGAUAAAGUUGUUGAAGCAUGUUCUAAAUGUACAGAAAGCAGAGGAAAGCAGCUCACGAGGGUCUUUAGCCAGCAAGAAUAUUCUGUCAGAUCUCUGAGACUGGAUAUUCCAUCCUGGGGACUGAAUUUGUUAUCCUAAUGGAUUUGUUGCCAGCAGCCAUGCCAGCCUUUGUUGCAUAUGUGUUGUAAAAGCUACAAGAACUUGUUCACUUGCU